AUGGCAAUUUUCUCAAAAAGGAAGCUGCUACUUCUCUGGAUCUUAUCUUCUUGUAUGCUAUGUCUUUCAAAAGGGAGAAGGACUAGAGAUUUUCGCAUAAAAGCAGUUAAUCUUGGAGGUUGGUUGGUUACAGAGGGAUGGAUUAAACCUUCUCUUUUUGAUGGCAUUCCAAACAAUGAUUUUCUGGAUGGAAACUCACUUCAGUUCAAAUCAGUAACAAAUGGGAAAUAUCUUAGUGCCAAGUCUGGUGGAGGAACAAGUAUAGCUGCUGAUCAAACAAUUGUUUCGGAGUGGGAGCUUUUUAGACUUUGGAGGGUAAAUGAGAGUACAUUCCAGUUUCGUGUCUUCAACAACCAGUUUGUGGGACUACAAAAUGCUGGAAACGGAACACAUGUAGUAUCUGUUUCAAAAACGCCUGCUAGACUUGAAACGUUUGAGAUUGUCAGGAAACCUGAUGAUUCAAGUCUUGUAAGGAUUAAAGCAGCGAAUGGGUUCUUCAUCCAGGUGAACAAGGAGAAUAUUGUGACAGCUGAUUAUGCAGGCAACACUGUGUGGGGAAAUGAUGAUCCUUCUGUUUUUAUAGUGACUGUAAAUGGAACAGCUCAUGGUGAAUAUCAAGUGACUAACGGUUAUGGACCAGAGAAAGCUGCACCAAUUAUGAGGGAACACUGGAACACUUUUAUAGUUGAAGAUGACUUCAAAUUCAUCGUGGAGAAUGGACUAGACGCAGUACGAAUACCAGUUGGAUGGUGGAUAGCUAGUGAUCCAACGCCUCCUUUGCCUUAUGUUGGGGGAUCCUUGAAUGCGUUGGACAAUGCUUUUUCUUGGGCUCAGAAAUACUGGUUGAAGGUUAUAAUCGAUCUGCAUGCCGCACCUGGUUCUCAGAAUGGAUAUGAACACAGCUCUUCCAGAGAUGGUUCACUCGAGUGGGGCAAAACAGAUGAUACUUUGGAAAAGACAAUAGCUGUAAUAGAAUUUCUCACAGCCAGGUACGUGGAGAACCCAAGCCUAUACGCAGUAGAGUUGAUCAACGAGCCACGUGCCCCAAUGGUGCCUAUAGAAAGGUUGAUUAAGUACUACAAAGCCGGUUAUAAAACUGUCCGCAAGCACUCCUCAACAGUUUAUGUGGUGUUGUCAAACCGGUUAGGAACAUCUGAGUCAACUGAGCUGGUCCAGCUAGCUAGUGGCUUAAAGGGAUCCGUUAUCGAUAUCCAUUAUUACAGUCUCUUCAAUGAUAACUUCAGAAACAUGACUGUCCAACAGAACAUUGAUUUCAUCAACACUAAUCGCUCCACAGAGUUGAAUCAUGUAACCAAAUCUAAUGGCCCUCUCACUUUUGUAGGGGAAUGGACCGCAGAGUGGGAAUUCAAGGGAGGAACUAAAAUGGAUUACCAGAGAUUUGCAAAGGCCCAAAAAAGGGUGUACAAGCGUGCCACAUUUGGGUGGUCUUACUGGACUCUGAAGAAUGUGAACAAUCAUUGGUGUCUUGAAUGGAUGAUCAAGAAUGGCUACAUCAAACUCUAG